CAUAUACACCUACUUACUACUAAAAUACUCAUUGGAAUUUGACCGUUUUGAUAGUAUGGCAUUUGCAAGCCUUGCCAAGUUGUUAAUAUUAAGUCGAACCACACUAAAAACUACUAUUACAUUAUUAGAAAAAUAUUUAAACAAAUCUUUUAUGCAGGGGACACCCUGUAUAAAUUUGCCCUGAUUAGUAGGAAGUCUGGAUGAGAUUCUGUCCAGUAUUUCGGGCUCUGCAAACAUGAUUGUAGCAGGGGGAUCUUAAUGUAAAUUUUAAUGAUAGGAGCUCUGCAUGCACAACUCGCUUGAGUAAUCUGCUUGAGUGUUAUGGCUAGCAAAUGCAUGUUAAAUCGUCGACACGUAUUGCUCGAUUCUCUUUGAGUAGUAUUGACUAUAUGUGCUCUAACUACUGUUCUGAGAUCACUAUAUGUACCGUUGAAAAUGCUGCACUGUCCGACCAUGAAGCAAUUUUUUUUAACGUUUUACAACCUAAACAGUAAGCAAAAUCUCUACCACAUUUCGGCCGAGUUUUUAGCACUACAAAUUACAAACAAUUUAACAAUUAAUGCGCCUCUUCUAACUGGGACACAAUUCUUGAAUCAGAUGACCCUAUAUCUGCUUUGCACAAUAGGAUUGUUGACUUGUUUAAUCCAGCUUUUCCUAUCAAAAAGAUAAAACGCAAAAAACUGUCUAAAAAAGAGUGGUUUACUAUGGGUCUAACUAUUUCUUCAAAAAAUCUCCGUUCGCUCUAUACCAUCAGGAAAUAUACAUCAUCUCUUUAUUUCAAUGAGUAUUUUGGUAAAUAUCGCUCCAUAUUCGUCGCUUAAUAAGACUCUCCAGGGCAGUGUUGCCAGGUCUCAUGAUUUAUCAUGAGAUCUCAUGAUUUUGACUUACAUCUCAUGAUAUCAUGAUUUUGUCUAAAAAUCUCAUGAUUUAAAAAAAAAACAAAGAUUUAAAAUCGUAACUCAGAAUAUUAGUCGUAAAAAUAAAAAUAAAAUAAAAAUAACCUAAAACUACAACUAAAUGUACACAUAUAAAUAUCAUAAAGCCUUAAAUAAUAUCCGCACAGCCCUAUAUAAACGGGAAAUACUGACGAGUAUGGGGAUUCCCCAAGAUUCUCGGAUAUUUCUACGGGCUAUAUUUUUCACGAAGUUUUAUGCAUUUGCUCGUGUAUUUGGUAUUGUAAAGCAUUAUUUGUGAGUUGAAAAUAAUUAAAAAAUAUGAGUGACAGUGAUUCUAGUAGUUCUAGUAGUAGUACAUCCAAGAGUAUAUCUCUUCCAGGACCUAGCAAGAAAAGAAAGGUUUAUAAGCAAAAUUUUAAAAAGGAAUGGAAAAAUAUACCGGGUUUGCAAUGGAUCGCGAACAGCAGAAAGGGGACAGGCUUUGCCUGGUGCAAUUACUGUAAAUGUGAUGUUAAGGUAUCUGCAGGGAAAACCCAACUAGUAAAACAUUCUGAGACUGAAAAGCAUGUUAAAGCUUUGCAGAGAGCAUCAAUGGGCAAGCAAAGUCAAGUAAAAAUAAGUCAAAUGUUUGCAGAAAGUUCUAAAAAAAUAAGCAUUGAAGAAAAAGCGAAAGAAGGAAUUAUAAGAACUGCGGGGUUUCUAGCCGAACAUAAUCUCCCUAUGAAUUUGAUGGAGCAUUUCAUCGAUUAUCUCAAUGCUGUAGGCACUGAUUCAGAUAUUGUCAAACAAAUGAAAUGUAAACGAACAAAGAUGUCAAGUGUUUUACAAAAAGUUACAGGCUUGUCUCAAGAAUCUUGGCUACUUGGCCUAAUGAGGGAUAAUAAAUUUAGCAUUAUCAUAGAUGAGUCUACUGAUAACUCGUGCACCAAACAUUUAUGUUUAGUUGUAAGAAUGUGCAUUAAUUUUGACAUUGAAGACAACUUUUUGACGUUAAUCCCAGUAGUAGAGACCACAGGGGCUGCACUUUAUGAAAUUUUAAUCAACUUCCUUACCGAAAAUGGUGUUCCAUAUAAGUCAAACUUUAUUGGCUUUGCUUCAGAUGGAGCGAGCAACAUGGUUGGCGUUAAUAAUUCUGUGGUCAGUCGAUUGCGAGAAAAUAUUCCAGGUAUAUUCAUAAUGAAAUGCAUAUGCCAUAGCUUUCAUUUGUGUGCAUCAUAUGCAUGCCACAAGUUGCCUGAGGAAGUGGAACAAUUUGCGAGAGAAGUAAGCUAUACGCUAAUAAAAUAAAUGUAUACUUAAUUAAAAAAUAUAAUUUUUUACAGGUAUAUAACUAUUUUUCAAAUAGUCCGAAGAGAGUGGAAGAAUAUAAGGAAUUCCAGGAAUUUGCAAAUGUCUCAAUAUCGAAGAUUUUACAUCCUAGCCAGACACGUUGGUUAUCUCUGGAAUGCGUGGUUAAAAGGCUUCUUAAUCAAUAUGAAGCUUUGAGGUUUUAUUUCAUAGAUCAGGCGUCUCUUAAAAUCAGUCAAGCAAAUAUUAUUUUAGAAAAACUAAACACGCCCGAAAAUAAAUUAUACUUAUCAUUUUUAUCGCAUGUACUACCUAUUUUUAAUAGCUUAAACAAAUUAAUGCAAAGCGAAUCGCCCAAAAUUCACGUUAUUUAUAAAGAGGUUGCUAGAACAGUUAAAACAAUUUUAGAUUAUUAUAUUAAGGACGAAUAUCUAAAUGCCAACAUUCAAAAUAUAGAUUUUAAAGACCCUAGACUUUUUUUUAAUUUAAAUGACAUGUACUUUUCUGCCCACAUAAACUCUGCCGAUCUGGAGAAAAACCGACUCGACAUGGUAAAAUUAAGAUGUCUAGACUUUUAUAUUGAGAGUGUGGAGCAAAUAUUGUCAAGAUUUCCACUUAAAAACUCUGUGUUUCAGAAAUUAGAAUUUCUAGAUCCUGAGGUAGUUAAAUCAAGAAAAAUCAGGUCUAUAAGUAAUGUUUCUAUGUUGUUUCAAAAUUUAAUUCCUGCUGAUAUGCAAGUUAUUGACAAUGAAUGGUUGUUACUUAGAAAUUAUGAAAUUAAUUUUACCUGGAAAGGUAUUUGCGAUUUUUGGGGUAAAAUUGCUAAGAUUAAAUGUGUGGAAAAUACAGAAUCCCGGUUUCCCAAUUUAAGUAAUUUUGUGUUUAAUUUAUUAACUUUGCCGCAUUCCAGUGCUAACGUAGAGAGGGUGUUUAGUCAGAUAAAUUUAAACAAAACAAAACAGAGAAAUCGGUUGAAAACUCCUAUGAUAGCUGCUAUACUGCACACCAAAAGUUUAGUGGGCAGAGAAAACCGUAUUUGUUCAAAUUUUCCAAUAGGAAAAGAUUUGCUUAAAAAAUUAAAUGAACAAAUUUAUGAUUCCGAUGAGUCAGAAUAAAAUAACGGAUAUUUCGGAUUUUUGUUUUUCAGUUAUUUACUUUAAGAUUAUGUACGUUUGUUUACUUUAACAUAUAAUUUUAUGUUUUUAUUUAAAUUUGUUAAUAAAAAAGUAGAUAUUUUGGUA